AAAAUAAAAAACAACUCUCGUCUCUCCUAUUAAAAAAAAGAAAACCCAGAGUUUUUAACCAAACUUUAUAGUGUAUACUCUCUCUCUCUUUCUCUCUCCCCCUCUCCGACGUACUCUCCAGAGCCUACGCCGAUGCAGAGACAGUCUUUGGGCUCACCAGUCACCAAGCUCCACAGUCAUGGAGGAGCUAAAACUGACACUCUCUUAAACGAAGACCUGAAGCGCAAAGACUUGCCAUCUCCAAUAGUGCUCACCGACAAUGACGUCGUCGAAGAACGCAAAGCUGCAAAACCUCGCCGAUUCUCAACAUCGCCUCAAUCACCGCCUCCAAAACCUGAGAAACUCGUCCACCUCAUACCUGUUCUCACUCUUUUCUGCUUCCUCGUCCUCUACCUGUUCUCUCACACUCCCGCUCCGUCAGAUUUGGCUCAGUUCAACGGAUUUCAUCCCUCCUCGAAGCAUAUAGAUUCGACCGAAAUUAGCAAUAUCCACCGCUUUACUGAUCUCCGGCGAAGCGAUGUUUUGGCGAUUCGAAGUCUCCGGAACUUACAAGAUGCCAGCAAACGGACUCCGACAUAUCGCUUGCACCGGAAAAUCGCCGAUUUCUAGGCCGUUGUCCUCGGUUUCUAUCCUCUCAAAAGCUACUUCUCCUACCGGCGCGUGUGUUUAUCAUCUCCUCUCAUUUUUUUUCGCACGUGUACAUUCAAAUUGCAUGCGUAUUGUUGCUUUGUGAAGUACGUCGUCGUCUUCAUCGCUUUGUUUGGUUUAUCUGUAAUUCCCAUUCAUGCUGUGUAGAGACUAGAGAGAGUUGUUUUUUGUUUUUUUUUAAUUUUGAAAUUGGAAGAUAGUAGGUAAUACUAUGAAUAUCUCCUAUGAACGCUA